AUGGAGGCCAACCCCCCACACCACGCAGCACCAACACCAUCACCCAUCGGCGGACGCAGCUUCAUCGACCAUGCCAAGCUCCGCAUCCUCCUCGCACCUGUUGCAGGCAUCUCCGAGUCCGACUUUGCAAGAUGGUGCGACUAUGUGCGAUCAUUCGAGACCAUCCGGCUGGCCGAUCUUCCUUCCAGCUGCUCGGCUCGACGUAGAACUGCCAAUGCAGGCCCCUCAUCCGGCAGCUCCUCCUCUUCAGGCUCAUCUUCAUCACCAAUCCUCCACAAAGGAGAAGUGCACCUAUCGUUCGUAACCAGCUACGACCCCGACCACUCGUUCCUUGCGCCCUUCAAUAUGCAUCGACAAGUCCUAGGUGCAUUAGGUCUUGCGACUUACUCCAGCAACGCACUCAACAAGCACGAGUUAGAAACAGCGCCAUCUGCACUAAGGGAGCUGCAUCCUGGUGCGCUCGUACAUCGAGUAUUUGGAUUCGACUCGGGUACGAAACGGCCAGAAACGGUAGAUUUGAGUUCGAUAAAAGACGUCGUUGCAGCGAGACUUAAUGCUGGGAAACGUCCGUCCUCGCCUCUAGCCUCAACACCAGCAACAGAACAAGACCUGACGAAUGACGGCCUAAACGGUCAAGCAGAUUCAUUGCCUUCACCCCAGCUGCCAACUUCACCCGACACAUCCGGUUUCUCAGCACACAAAGAUGGAGGGUUGAUCAUCUUCCCCGCUGUCCGCAAAGAUGGGAAGGACAUAAGGUUUUACCUCAAGACGCUGCUUGCUGAUCUCGUAGCGAGUAUCUUAGAUGGGCUAGAUCAUAUAGUGACAGGCUUGGAUGGGACACCGUUAGAAACGCCAAGAGAGACAUUGGACGGUUUGGCACCGAACAGGAACUCUUCUUCUGCCACUUCUUCGGCUUCAACGAGCUCGUGGUCGAGCAAAACGAAUACAGCAGCAACAGGGUCGCUAGCGGCAGGGAUGGGUGCAGCUGCUAGUCGAGCUUCUAGUCUGUUCGGUGCUUUUAGUAGCAGUAGUACAGGUGAUGUAGGGAUGGGGACGACAACUCCGACUUCGUCAAAACCUUCGAGUGCGAUUGGUGGUCGGUCACAUCCGUACGAGCUCGCUUCUCCUGGGUCUGGCACUUCGUCACCAACAUCGGAGAACACGACUAGGAGUAAGAUUUUGCUAGCCAACGCAAAUAAGAAGAGCGCGAAGCGAGUUACAAGCGCUGCCGGUACAGGUCCAACGGGAACAGGAAGAUAUGCGAAAGUCAAGGCCGAUCUUCACCUGCUCUCAGGGAAUCUUUGGGACGCGCUAGAAGGAUAUUCCACAGCACUGACCGCGCUAGGUAAGGAGCGAGCGCUAGCAGGAGGUCAAGAUGCAGUAUGGUUUGCCAGUGCACUUGAAGGCUUCGCCGUCGCUAGAGUGUUAGUAUCAAGAAUGGGAGGGGUGGUGUUGGAGAAAGCGCCAUGUUUCGACCUCCCUUGGUCCAAUCUCACCGGGAAAGAAAAGGAGAAGGAGAAGGAGAAAGACGGAAUCGCCCGACCCUACGCAAAGCAAGCAUGGGGAGAGAUCGCAGAAGCGUACACCAUCGCAGUUAUCAUCUACUCAAAGUGUCUGGCUCCACCCAGCGUUUUACUUGAGCCGGUGCGAUCGGUAACGAACGAUUCGCCAAGGGACUAUACGCAUCCGCUGAUCCAUGCUAGUGCUUGCACCCAGUACGCUCGUUUUCUCUUGGCCGUGUGGGCAUCAGGCGGAUGGAACGGAGAAUGUUUUGAUCAGCUAGUCUACGGUGGAGUUCCACCGGCACUGGCGGAGGAGAAACCACCAAAUGCGAUGUAUCUCAGCUUCACCGCUGUGUCGGGUAUUGCGAGACACGAUAUUGCCGCAGCAGCAAGUUCUGCUCUCAGUCAUUCGAUUGUUGCUCUCAAAGCGACCGAUCAGAUUACGUUGCUUAGUACCUUGACGGCCAUCUUUGGCUGCAUCGGGUUUUCGAGAAGAGAAGCGCAUCUGCUUCGGCAACUGCAAUCGAUGAUUGUUGGUCUGCUGUUCAAGGCGAAAAAGGUGACCGCGCGACCACCCAACACUUCCUCCUUCCCCAUCGAACAGGAGGAGCAGUUCGGAAAGGAAGCUGGAAAGUUGGUCGGAAACAUCGUCGCUCAAACAUCAUUCGAUUCCCUCGGCAGGGGUCCAGAAGCGGUACUCGUGUUGGCCAUGCAGAUUUGCGAAACAUACGGUAUCCACGUCGAGGUCGAUCCCCUGGGCAAUAUUCCACCCUAUCACAUCCUUAGUAAGGCAUCGGAAGGCUUGCGUAGCGCUUAUGCCUCGCCUACUCUCGGUGGAUCGGAGGACUGGAAGCCUGCAGCCAACAAUCCUGCUCCAACCCCGGGGCCGGCACUGUUGACCCCUCUGGAAAUCGCAAGCGAACCGCCUUUCGGGUGGAAGGAACAACAAAUUUCGCUGCUGAAAGAAACGAUUUCCAUCGCUGAACUUCUUUCGGAUUAUGUCGGGAUGGCAUUCUUUGGUGCUAUCCUACUGCGAGACUUCCACCAGCUGCUGGAGGCGGAAGAACAACGGGAUUUGAUGAUAGGAAUACAGCGGGCGGUGCAGGCUGCGAGGUGGGCUGGAGCGCAGGAUCUAGCGGUGAAAUACUGGGGUCCGCCUGAACCGCUGUGCAGUUUAGAGCUGCUACCCUUGGCGCCGGAAAAGAUGCCGCUGGAGAGGGAUGCGAAGUUGCUCCAUUCCGAUACUACUGCGGGAGGGAAAGGGGAGCAAGGUGUAGCGGGUCUCAACAAUCCUUUCUUCUGGAACCCUUCCGGUGGUGCAGCAAGCAAGAACAAGGUCAUCACUGUGCAGAAUGAGGCGAUUCACGUCAUGGCUACACUCCAAAACCCCUUCGCGGUCGAUCUUCACGUCGAUACGAUCAAACUCGUCGGCGAAGGAGCAGUUUUUGUACCGGAGGAAGCCGAGAGAGUGUCCAUCCCUCCUUACUCAUUCCAAACAGUUCGGCUGGCAGGUACGGCGAAAGAAGUAGGAAAGGUCACGAUCAAAGGUAUCACCCUAACUCUCGCUGGAGGAUGUACUGAAGAGCAAACUUUCCAUUUGCCGCUGUAUGAUGAUGAGAAUGCAAAGCAAAGAAGGAAAGUGGCUGCGGAGAAUGACGAUAGGAGGACGAGGUUGAAGGUGAUGGGUCUUGAUGCGAGAGGGUCGGUGCUCAAACAGAAAUCUGGCACCUCUGCUGAUGGUGAUGUGAAAGCAGCAACGGGCAAGUAUCUGGAGGUGAACGUGGUAACUGCACAACCCAUGCUGGCGGCGUACUGUCACGAGCUGGACCCCACAGGCGGAGUGGAUAUCUUCGAAGGCGAAACGCAAACCAUUCACCUGGAGCUGCUCAACCUUUCGAAUGAGCUAGAUGUGAACUUUGUCCGACUCUCGUUCUCUGACGAUGCAAGCGAAGCAGCAAAACAAGCGCUGAUCGAAGGAGAGUUGUUGCCGCAAGACGUACACGAGAUUGAAUGGGAUCUUCUCCAUCAACCUUGCAUGGCGCAAGCUGGUGGGCAGCCGCAGCAGCUUGCGAUGCGGAUCGAACCAGGGGCCAGCACAACAAUUCCGAUCCGAGUGAGGGGCAAGAUCGGAUGUAUGCAAGCAAAAGUGACAGUGGAAUACGCGCACGUAGAGUGGGAGAAGGUGCGAGCUGGUAUCAGUGGGGCAAACUUUUAUGUUAGGACGCUGGAAGUUGGGUUUGGAGUGACGGUGCAUCCUGUUGUGGUCUGUAGGGGGUUUAGUAUUGCACCACUUAAAGCUGCUGAGGCAGCACGGUUGACGCAGGAGUGUUUGGCUUCUGCUGAUAGGGUACCAGCUGGGCUCAAGGUGGUUGGAUCUGAAGCUGCGGAUAGUGGUAAAAGCGAGAACCCGCUAUCCGUGACACCAGAAGCUCAGGCAGACGAGUCGGAAUACAGGCUCCUCACUCUAUCCCUCUCCAAUGUUCAUCGGGAGGAUAUCCUUCUCCACCUCACUCUCAACACUGGUGGGGUGGUCCCUCUCCACCUCUACCGGAUACUGCAGGCUGGAAGUACAACGAAAGUGACCCUUCCCCAACCUAGGAUCGAGCUUGAUCCUGCGACCGGCCGGCCCUUCGCCCCUUCCUCCAACGCCAGCCCGACCAUAGGGGAUGGAAUGUUCCCACCGAUCCCAUCGAACAAAGAAGCCAACAAUCGACAAUUCAUCGUAAGCAAAAUCCAGCUUUCGAAGGAGGAAGAAAAAGAAGCGAGGAAGCAGUUCUGGUAUCGACAAGCGCUGUUAGAGCGGUUAGAUGGCCUUUGGCGUACUCUUCCCUCUUCUGCCCUCUUUUCUCUCUCUGGACUUGGAGGUGGCGAUGGGGAGGAUGUGGUGCGAUACGGCAAAGUCCCUCUACGUGGUUUGGUUUCAGGCGGAGGGAUUAUCCUAGACGACGCCUCCCUGCCGUACCUACGGAAAGAUGCAAUGCACCUUACCCUCACAUUCAACGAAAGCAACCCGAUUCACGCUCAGGACUUUAUCACGAUUACCGCGAGACUGGGCAACAAACUCACUAGACCCAUCAAGCCUCUCAUCCGGCUAGUUCCCACUUCGCCCAGCGGAGCACAGGAUCCAGCGUUGAUAGAACAGGUAAUUAUUGCUGAUGGAACAUUUACUGCUCCCCGUAGAGGCCCAAGCUUGGCAAGAGGCGAAGAAAGGGAGGUGCAUUGGCAGGUGACUUUCCUUUCGCCAGGCAAGUUUGCGUUUUUGGUAAUUGCCCACGAAGCGGUGCCAGGAGAAGAUGGGGAGAGCUUGUCAAAUGUUUCGCCCCUGCAAACUGUGGUGGUUUUGCCAUCAAUGUAG